UUUAUUUCCGGUUGAAAUGAAACCUUUUGACUUAUUGACAGUACAACAAAAUACCCUUUUCGAUUGGAAGUUAUCAAGUUUUGGCCUGGUUCUUCUCUUGUCAAACAGAUAUUUGAGUGCAGUCAGUCAUAAUUUUUUAUUGAUAUGAAUAUAUCAAGCUUUCUUCAGAUCUUAUCCAAGUCUCACAAAGGCAUCAGAGGAUAUCAGAUUUUAAGUCUUUCCAGCCCCCAUCUGUCUUUGGGUAUUAGUAGUUGGAAACUGUGUCUGCAACCUUCUGAUAUUAGUCCACAAAAGAAUGUAGCUAAAAUAUCAAGCUGUUCUAGAUGUAGGUGGUAUAGUUCACAGACUUUGAUCCAUGGAAACCAACAAGACAAGAACACCAGAUGUGGCAAUACUAAGAAUGGCUUCAGUCCUGUAAAAAUUGAAGAACUAAAGAAAAACUUGAGUAAUUCUGUAAAAUAUAUGUUUCUUCAAAGUUACGACUAUAAUCUAACUCAUAAAGAGAUAACUAUGGAGAGUAAUUUUUUUGCCACAGAUCGCAUUUAUAAGGGUAUGUUUCUCUAUGCCGUAGAGUUGCUGAAAAUGCGUUUGUACUUACACUUUAGUUACGCUGAUGUUGCUGUGAGCAUCAAGGAAACCAGCUUGCUUGAAUCGGAUGAUUUCAUUAUUAGAGUUUCCUGGAAAUUGUCAGCUGUUUCACCAAGACAUGUUGUCAAGUUUUGGAGAUACCUCAGCGAAAGGAUUACCAUAGAAGAUGAAGACUUUGAAGUUAUCAACGGCAUCUCAGACUUUUACAUUGGCAGUGAUGGAACUGUACGCAAACAUAAACUAAAGAGGAUAAGGUAACACAGAGAAGAUUGGAGUAUGCAGUCCUCAAGACAUCAGGAUCAAGCAAGUAUUUGGAUGUAACAUAGAACUGUUCUGAUUUUCUGUAAAGUAUUUUCAUUUUUGUGAAUGUUAAAAAUGUAAACUUUUAUUGUUGUGUGAAAUGAGCCAUUAAAUGGAUGGAUGAGUGGAUAAUCCAAGUUUAACUAUCAUUCUGCCUUCAUUCAGUAUUCUUCUUCAUCUAGCCAACUUUUUUUUUUUUAUGUGAGCUGUAAGCUCUUUAUCCGUCUGUGUCAUGUAAAAGUAGUAAGCUUUGUUUCUUAGGGAUGUUCCAAACUUCCAUACAUAGAUUAUGCUGGGUUCAUGUGGUAUUAUUGUCUGUCUGAGUUGAAUUACAUGUUCCUACAGAGUUGAAGAUAGUUUACUUCCAAGUCCAAACCUCCCAUGUGACAAUGGGGAUAGGAGCGGGCAGGGUUUGAACACAAGACCAUCGAUAAGUCUGAACGACUGUCCAGCCUGUACACCGCAUGACUAGGCAGAGGGUAUGAGUGAAAACUUUUAAAAUUAUGUCUGCAGUGGGGUAGGUGCAUGGGGCUUAUGAUGUUUAGAUAAAAAUUUAAAGAUGUGUGUCUAGAUUGUAAUCUUUGCUGGGAUGUACAUAGAUACUGUCCAGUUUGUUCAUGAUGCCCAUUGGUUGAGCCAUUCUUCAUAAUGACUGCUGGCUAACAUUGCUUUGAAAGUGUUGUAAUCAACUGAUCUCUUUGGAUGCUACGUGGAUGACCCCAGCUUUGAUAAUCUGACUGCCUUUUUAUUUCUCAUGAUGCAAUAUGACUGCGAUGUUAAAAUUUGUCAUUAUUUGAGGGAUUAUCAGAAUUAAAGUUGUCUGCAUGUAGUCUUAAUUAGGAAAUUGAUAAUUGUAACCGUACAAUUAAUUUCAUUUCUUUAAAAAUAUUUAUAUGUCCAUUUUCUCUUUCAUUUCAUUAAACAAUCCCAGUUAAUUAGAGGGAAAAAUGAUUUUGUGAAGCAUUCUUAUGAUUCCCCUCAAGCUUGUGAAGUAUAAUUAUUGAUUGGUAUAGCCACAAUAAACUAACUUUUCUGGUACCAUGUCAUUCUUGUUAAAGACAAAUUAUGAUUCACUACUAAUUGUGAGCUACUGUGAUAUUCUAAUGUAAAAAAAUUGUAUAAUAAAACAAACUUUAUGAAUCUAUUGGUAAAAAUACACAGUCUUCCAUUUUUUAAAUAGUUAUUUUGCACUUUACAAUGUUAUUCAUUGACUUAUCCUACAUGCAUGACUAAAGAUAGUAUGAAUUACAUUAUUUACGAAAGCUAUGUAUUAAAUCUAGGUAGCCUACAUUUGCAUACCUGUAUCAACAAAUAAAAUGUAAUCUAAUGCCACUCUUUAA